AACAUAAAGAUUCUCAUACACCAAUUCCCCAAAAUAGCGAAAAUUGGGAUUGAAAAUUGGAAUAACAAACGGGCAGAUUAUCCCAAUUAACCUUGUAACCAAACAUAAAGAUUCUCAUACAACAAUUCUAUUCUCAGUCUCUAUCUGAAGUCUGAACCAUCUUCUUCUUCAUUUUAGCAAACACUACUGAAAACCCCCAAACCUCAAAACACCUACCAAAAACAUGUACAUGUCUGAGAAACCCCAACCGCAGCCUGAAUCCGCCAUUGAUUUCUACACCGGCGACAAACAAGAAGCUCCCCACCACAGCAGCAACAUGAUCAUCCACCACAUCGCCGCCGCCGACGCCACCUCCAGCGGCGGCGAUGAAUCCGCCGCCGCCGCCGCCGCCAACAAUUCGGCGAACCACCCAUCGUCCUCCCUCGCGCCGAAGAAGCGGGCGGAGACGUGGGUCCAGGAAGAAACCCGGGCCCUGAUUCUCCUCCGCAAAGAAAUCGAUAUGAUGUUCAACACCUCGAAAUCGAACAAGCACCUGUGGGAUAACAUAUCGCUGAAAAUGAGGGAGAAGGGUUUCGACAGAUCCCCAACCAUGUGCACCGACAAGUGGAGGAAUUUGCUGAAGGAGUUUAAGAAAGCCAAGCAGAACAAUCAAGAUGGCGGUGGCAGUGGCUCUGCUAAGAUGAAUUGUUAUAAAGAAAUUGAGGAAAUUUUGAGGGAGAGGAGCAAAAAUGGGCCCACUUGGAAAAGCUCUGAAGAUGGUGGUGGCGGUGGUGGUCCUAAAGUCGAUGAUUCGUUUAUGCAGUUUGCCGAUAAAGGUAUUGAUGAUACCAGUCUUACUUUUGGACCCGUGGAAGCUAACGGCAGGUCGACGCUGAAUUUAGAAAGACGCUUGGAUCACGAAGGACACCCUCUUGCCAUAACUGCUGCGGAGGUUGUUGUAGCAAGCGGUGCUUCUCCUUGGAAUUGGAGAGAAACUCCCAGAAGUGGUGAACAGACGAAUACAUACGAUGGAAGGGUGAUAACAGUUAAAUUGGGGGACUUUACAAAGAGAAUUGGAAUCGAUGGCAGUGCAGAUGGUAUUAAGGAAGCUAUAAAAUCGGCUUUCGGAUUAAGGACAAAGCGUGCGUUUUGGUUGGAAGAUGAUGACAACGUUGUUAGAACACUCGACAGAGAUAUGCCCCUCGGAAACUACACUCUUCACGUAGAUGAAGGGCUGACUAUAAAAGUUUGUUUCUACGAGGAAACGGGGCCGAUGCCAGUGCAUGCGGAGGAUAAAACGUUCUACAACGAAGAUGAUUUUCGGGAUUUUUUGUCGCGUAGGCGGUGGACUUGUUUGAGAGAGUACAACGGGUUUCGGAAUAUCGACAGCAUGGAGGAGCUUUGCCCUGGAGUUAUAUAUCGUGGUGUCAAUUAAAGUCCGGGAUUUAUUAUACUGUGAUGAAGUCGUGUUUUUAUUGUUAAUAUGGAAUUUUGUUGAAUGUACUAAAAACGUGUUUGUUGGAUUGACGACGAACUACAUUUGAUGGUUGUGUUUUUUUAUUGGGCUUUUCUUUAGGCCCAUCUAUGUUUGGGCUAUAGACCUGUGGGCCAGGAAUAUCAACUUUUUGUUUUUUAAAGAAAUUUUGUUUAAUUUUA